AUGGCGGGCUCAUCGCGUGCACAAUCGCCCACCAAGCGUCUCCUCACCGAACUCCAAACCUACCACUCCGACCCCAACGAAGCACUCGUAGAACUAGGACCCGUAGACGACGAUGAAUUGAUGCAUUGGCGGGCGGUUAUGAAAGGCGUACCUGGUACGGCAUAUGAAGACGGCCUCUGGGCGCUCAGCAUCUCAAUCCCCCCAACCUACCCGCUCACACCCCCCGCCAUAAAAUUCAUAACCCCUAUCUGUCACCCGAACGUGGACUUCAAAACUGGUGAAAUCUGUCUUGAUCUGCUGAAAUCCUCGUGGUCGCCAGCGUACACCAUCACGACGACGUUGACGAGCAUACACCAGUUGUUAACCAGUGCGGAGCCGGAUAGCCCGUUGAAUGUGGACAUUGCGCAGCUUUUGCGACAGGGCGAUUAUGUGGGUGCGGAGGCGUUGAUUAGGUUCUAUAGCGAGACGGAACGGUGGGUUGGCGAGAGGAGAAGGUAGGGUAGGGACUUAGGGAAUUGGUGCUGGGGGUGGGCGGAGCCGUGGUGAGGGGAAUGUGUGGAAAUCGGGAGAAGGGAGAGGGAUGAGGGGCUUUGGAUAAGGAUUUUGGGUUUUGUGGCGAGGAGAACUUGGAGUAGGAGCGGAUAUAUCAUACGACUAGGAAUUUGGACGGAUGUCCUACCAGCAUGGGGGUUAAUCGCUAGAUAUCAAACGGCUCUCGUAAGUAGAGGAUGGAUUCAAUGAUUCGCGAUUUGAUUGCACACUCCGUUAUAAUACCAUAUCUACACUGGCCGCUCACCUCCUAUCCCGUUACGCCUACCACUUCUAUAUCUAUCCACGGUGGGUAGCUGGGUAGCCGUCUACAAGACGUCGGUCAAAUGGCUAUAUUUCUG